UGGAAGAGUUGGCCCUGCAGCAGGCUAUUGCCGAGUGUCUAAAAGAUGUCCACAUGCCCUACUGCUGCCCAGAGACCUGGGGGAUGACCUGCAUUCACUAGCAUGCCUGGAUGGUUCAAAAAGACGUGGUACGGGCUGGCAUCUCUACUCAGCUUCUCCUCCUUCUUCCUGAUCAUCGUUGCCUUGGCUGUGCCCCACUGGCUGAGCGGGAAAAUCCUGUGUCAAACUGGAGUGGAUCUGGUCAAUGCCUCGGACCCAGAGUUGGUCAAAUUCAUUGGGGACAUUUACUAUGGGCUCUUCCGAGGGUGUAAGGUUCGGCAAUGCGGGCUUGGGGGCCGCCAGUCCCAAUUCACAAUCUUCCCACACCUGGUGAAGGAGCUCAACGCAGGCCUCCACGUGAUGAUUCUGCUGCUCCUUUUCCUGGCCUUGGCCCUGGCUCUGGUCAGCAUGGGCUUUGCCAUUCUCAAUAUCAUUCAGGUUCCCUACAGGGCAGUCAAUGGCCCAGGUGGCAUCUGCCUUUGGAACGUUCUGGCAGGUGGAGUCGUGGCUCUAGCCAUCACCAGCUUCAUGGCGGCUGUGAAAUUUCACAACCUGACAGAACGAAUCGCCAACUUCCAGGAGAGGUUCUUUCAGUUUGUCGUAGUGGAAGAACGGUAUGAAGAGUCAUUUUGGAUCUGCGUUGCAAGCGCCUCGGCCCACGCAGCAAACUUGGUUGUGGUGGCAAUCAGUCAGAUUCCCCUCCCUGAGAUCAAGACCAAAAUGGAAGAGGCCACGGUCACCGCUGAGGAUAUCCUGUACUGAAAGCUGCUUCCCACCCAUACUUUGUCCUUUGUCAGUCUGUAAUCAAUGGGGGCCUCUUUUUCCCAGCCUUCUCACUGCAAACUCCCUGUUCUUGGUAGAAAGGAUGUGGGAGGACUUGAAGGGGUGGCUGGGCUAGCAAAGAAAACCUCUCCCAAUAACCAGGACACUUGUGCUUCUCUUCGAUGACCUUGGAGUUUAAUUGGAGAGUCAGGCACUUGACAGUUGUGUGUGACAUUAGGCGAUUCACUUACUGUCUGAUUCUUGGUUUCCUCCUCUUUAAGAAGGGCAAUAGUAACAUUGCAAGCUUCUGGUGAGGUUUAAAUAGGUGAUGUUAUAACCCGAGUGCUCUGAGAGCAUAAGGUAUCACAUACUCUGCUAAGUGUCCGUAGAGCCUUGGUCUGUUCCCUGCAGUAUUAGAAGAGUGCAAAGAAAAUAUGAUGAUGUCUCUCUCCUUAAGAAGUACCUAACCUUUCCACAUGACACAGAA